AUGGCUGGCCAGCCACCAGCAAAGCCGCUGUUUGCAGCUUAUGCGGGCCACGACAGCCCACUCGCGCUCGAACCAGCCACGAAACCUGGCAGCAACGAUGAGCGCGAUGCUGCCUCUGCUGCUGAGCCUUGGCUCCGCGCCACUUCGUUCCAACUCGCCGCGACCAAUUUCCAAGAGCCCAUUGCAGACCCAGCCACAGCUAUGGCUGAGCAGCGUUCACACAAGAAGCGCAAACACAAACACAAACACAAGCAUCAUAAACACAAGCGCCACACACAUGACUCCCCACCAGACUUGAGCAACCGCUAUGGCGAGUCGGCUCGCGUGGAGAAAGAUUUGAGCGUGUCAGACCGCACCCUAGACAUCUCUCGACAAGCCGCUCGCAACUUAUCCGAACGAGCUUCUUUGCCCCACGCCACGGUGCAAUGGAAGCUGGACCGCCACCGUGACGAUGCCCAAUGGCAAUUCAAGGGCAUCUACAAACGUGACAUCCCUCGCUUUUCCGAAAGCCGUCGCCAUGCCCUUGGGCUCGAGCUACAAUAUCCAUUUGUGCCCGAGAAGAAGACCGCUGCCACCAUGGGUCAGCCCCCGGCCAAGCAUAGCAAGCGGAUGCUGGUUGGUCUAGGGCGCUACUGGGACCCAGUCUUCAACGCCCGCCUUCGUCGCCGAGCUGCCAACGUCAUCAAGAUUGCCCCGGCCUCCAGCCCUGAUGCUGAGCUACAUGGCUACCCACACUCAUUGCCAAGCAAUCUCGCCUCGUUUGUUCCGGCAGCGGCAAUUGCCUCGAUCUUUGACACGCCCAACCUGACAGCCCCUCCUGUCACUCGCGGACACCUGGAAGAAGUACCACGCACGGCUGCCACCCGGGAACAAACCGCACAAGAACAGGCCGUGACCGUGGAGAUUGAGAUGCGCGAGCGCACAGCCAAUUACAACCGACGCCUUCGCGAAACGCCACAUGACCUCAAUCUGUGGCGCGAAUUCAUUCGUUUUCAGAGCGAGCUGUUUCAUCGCACAGGUGGUGGCUCCAAGCGCCGCGAGGCCAUGCUCAUGGAUCGGCAGAUGAACCUAUAUGAGGAGGCAGUUCGGGAAAAUCCUCAUGCAGAGGACCUUGUGGCCGAAUGGAUGGAGCUCUGCGGCCGCCGCUUAAGCCCGCGCUAUUUACAUCAUGCCACCAGUCAUCUGGGCCGCUUCAAGCUCUCAUCUGCCACCAAUACCUUUCAAGAUGCCAUCGAAACGUUGACGCUCCAAAUGCACCAGGGGUUCUCAUCGGCAGACCGCUUAGACCCCGAGCAGGGCCAGCUUGCUUUGAUGCAAGUGUUUCUCGAUGCCUGUGACGUCCAGGUCAAGGCGGGCUAUCAAGAGCGAGCUGUUGCUGCUUUCCAAGCUCUACUUGACCUCAACGUGUUCAUGCCUGAAGCCCUCCUCAAGGCCAAGCGAUUGCGGGGCGAGCCAUUGGCCUUCUUUGAGGGCUAUUGGGAAAGUCCUUUGCCUCGCCUGGGCGACGAGGACUUUGUGGGGUUUGCACGCUGGACAGAGCUCAAGCAGUUUGGACAAGCUGAGCCCAAGUACCAAGCUGAACAUCCGCCAGAUGCACCAGACGGCUUGUCGGGCAUCACGACAUGGCAGAACUGGCUUGAAGUGGAGCAGUUUCGGGAUCUUACACAUUGGAAGCCCUGGAGGCCACUUCCAGGUCAAGAAACGGAGGAAGACUGCGAGGAUCCCGACCGCAUCGUGGUCUAUGACGACAUUUCCAGCUUGUUGUUUCGCCUUUCAGAUCCCACAUUGCAGGUGGACAUGAUACUGCAUUUUGUGUAUCAACUAGGGCUAUCGACGCGUGCUCGCACGACCAGCUCUGACUUUGCUGUGGCUGAUAUGGCACGGCGCCUCCAGCGCGCAGAUGGCCUGUUUGAUACCCUCGUCUAUCACGUUCGGGCUCGCUUUGAUCAACAACGCGAGGCUGCCAAUACGUGGGCGGCGAAGCUUCCGAUUGGUGCCGUGGCCAGUGACACUCUCAUCGAUGCCGCCGUUCUUCGGUCCGAUCGUCCCAAUGCGGGUCAAGUCAGUGGUCUGGUCAUCGGUGACAACACAGAUGCCUGGGGUAGCUUGCACAGCCGUGAUGCGCCAGCCUCGGACACGUGGCGAGCCCCAUUGCUGAGCCUCGGCCGCCAUGGCUGGCUUCCCAAGCGGAUGCAAAUUGCACCAGCUCAACUCAAAGCCAUACGGCUCAUUCUGGAACAAUGUCUGGCCCGUGACCCCACAAAUUUUGAUCUCCAAGAUGCCCUGAUCGACUGUGGUGCUUGCGAUGGACCAAAGGCCGCCCGCAAACUUGCCAAGGGAAUUAUGAAGCUCGAAGCCAAUCGCAUGUCCUAUCGCCUGUUUGCAAAAUAUGCCGAGUUGGAAUUUGAAACCGGGCGUCAAGUCGAAGGAGAAAAGGUGCUGUUGACGGCCAUGCGCACAGCCUUCAACGUUGGAGACUCGGCGCAGUUUGCUGAACUGGCCUUGCAAUUGGCCAUUCAUCAUUACGAACAUCGUGCUGAGGCACGCGCGACAACCACCCGCCUUUUGCUGCUGGGAUUUUUCACUUGGUUGAGCGAGGGACGCCCCAGUGUUUUUCCUGAGCUUGCUCAACAAGCUGGACGCGCGUUUCCAGAGCCCCCGCGAGUGGGGCAUCAAGAGUCACCCCGUGACUAUGCCAUUGCAUUCCAACUUGAGCGCUUCUUCACGCUUCGCCUACGUCUGGCGCACGUGGCCAAUGAAAUCCGACCCCUGGCUGUGCCGCUGAGGAUUGUGCGCCAGUGCUUGAGCGAAGCCCUAGCCGCUUUCCCACUCAACCCUGAGUUUUUAGGCUACUUGAUGCUAACUGAACAGCACGCUUCCGGUUCUCGUUUGCUGAGGCUGUUGGAACGAGCCGUGAACACCCGAGCCCGGCACUGCGUGCUAAUUUGGCGCAUGUAUAUGGACACUACGCGAUCACAGCGAGGAUUGGAGGGCUUGCAGCUUUCUUUGGAUACCUUUUAUCAGGCUGUCCAAGCUUGCCCGGGAGCUAAGCUGUUGUACUUGGACGCGGCGCGCCACAACCCCCGGCAGCUCGAGGACCUACUGGACAUUCUGCAGGAAAAAGAGCUCCACUUGCGCACGCCCCUGGAGGAACUGGAGUUACUUAGAGAGCUGCAUGCACCUACUAGCGAGCCGGGCAGCUCGACAAAUGCACCUGAUGCCAGACCUUGGGAGGGAUUGCAUGAGCUGGCAGCUUACCAAGGACCUUUGGAUAGAGCCAUGGCAGCUGCUGUGGGUGAUGAAAUGCCACGAUUAGAUGCUAAUACCCCGGACGAAGGCGAGAUGCUAGUAGAUCUCAACACAACAAUGGCAUCCCGCCUGCCUGAUGAUGAGGACGAAGACUUGCUGGCUGUUUUACCCGAUUACGUCUCGUCUGAUGACGAAUAA